CGGUGGACGUGUGAGGUUUGAGAGUUUGUAAGUCGUGGCAUGGCCUUGCCCUUGGGCCGGUGGCAGAUAGCCCUCGUGAGGGUGGGCACUUGCGGCAAAGCAAAUUUUUGAUCAUCUCUUUGACAUCAGAUCAGAACGCCAAGCAUGCCAGCAAGUAGAAUCUACUCAUGAAGUAAAGUUGUCAGCAUCAAGUCGUAGAUUUACAUGACUCUCUGUACUAUUUCAUUCGCGCUGAUUGCUGAUUUAUGCUUCCACUCUCUGUAUCUUUCCCGGUCACUCGUCAACGAAGCAAUACAUGUACUCGACAGAGAGUCGCUUCCCCAGUGUUCACCAGCUAAUAUUUGGAACAUCCAGUCAUUUCAGUUCUGGUGGCAGUUUGCGUGGGUUAAUCAAAAAGUUUCUUUUGUAAGUAGUCAAAGGAUAGCUGACCAUGGAUUGUCAACAACGAUGCCGCCACUUUUCCGCUGCAAGUCCUACGAAGUCUGCAAAGGCUAAAGUACCUCCAGGGAAGGCCAUUCUUGCCGGCGGAAUUGCUGGUGGAAUUGAAAUCAUGAUAACCUUCCCAACAGAAUACGUGAAAACUCAGCUUCAAAUCGACCAAAAAGAAGGCACUCGACUGUACAAGGGUUCAAUUGAUUGUGUACGAAAGACAAUCAAUGAACAUGGGUUUCGUGGUCUCUACCGAGGUCUGGAUAUCCUCCUGUAUGGCUCUAUUCCCAAAUCAGCUGUAAGAUUCGGUGCAUAUGAAACUGCGAAGAACCUAUUUUUUCCUGGCAAGGAACGGCUAAAUAAGAUGCAGUCCAUGACUUGCGGCCUUACAGCUGGUAUGCUAGAAGCUAUCUUUGCCGUCUGUCCUAUGGAGACGAUCAAGGUACGCUUUAUUGAUGAUCGACGGAGAAAGUUGCCUGACAAGCCUCGUUUCAAAGGCUUCUUCCACGGAGUGUCUCUAAUCGUCAAAGAAGAAGGUUUCCGUGGUGUCUACAAAGGCUUAGUGCCGACAAUGAUAAAGCAAGGAAGCAACCAGGCCGUGCGCUUUGUCAUCUACAAUGGCCUCAUGCAGUGGCUGCAGGGUGCUGAUGUGGACAAAACCAUUGGAAUAUUCCCGACUUUCAUCUGUGGUGGUACUGCCGGUGCAUGUAGCGUGCUAUUCAACACACCUGUCGAUGUUAUCAAGACACGGAUGCAGAUGAAUGAUACACAUCGCUAUCGCAACUGGUGGCAUUGCGCAACGUCCAUCUACCAAUAUGAAGGCUUGCGCGCGUUUUAUCAAGGCAUUGGUCCACGGAUGGCACGUGUAGUGAUGGAUGUCGGACUGGUGUUUGUCCUCUAUAGUCGUACUAUCAUGGCGCUCAAUUAUAUGUUCCCAAGUUGGAAAUGAGAUAUCUCCAAGCUAGACCUGGUCGCAUGUGUUGACUGCGAGUCUUAUGGCUAGAACCAGCUACCGAUCACUGAUCAGUGUGAUCAGUGCCUGGUCUUUAAUGUGGUGAGUUUCAGGCAAGAUAGCAACAGGAGCCAUAAGGAACUCCGCCAUCAACUGUGUCGUCUUCGAUCGAUACCUUCCUCUUUAGCCGCACGCUCUAUUUUUUAUAUUGACUGGCGCUGUGAGUCCCAUCCUCUGCUGGCCUCAUUGUCAGCAUCUACAUCCUCUGCUGUAGCAAUCCCUCUUUGUCAGCACCUGCAUCCUGAUCUACAACAUAGUGAGGUGGCUGUAAUCUGUAGCUCAGCUCCGCUGGCUAAUAUUUGCCAGUACACUGGUCAACCUUCUCUCCCCCCCCCCCCUCCCUCACUCCCAGUUCCUAUUGACCUGUGGCUGUGUGUGUAGACAGCAAUGGGAGCUGCUACCGAUACAGCAGUUGGACUGACAUGCUGGAUGUGCAAUAGUGCACAUGAACACACGCACGUCUCUUCUAGAAAUUAUUAGUUCAGAGCAUGUUAGACUUCAACCAUUGCCAACCAUGUCAAUACCUACUCCCGAUUGGAUCAUGAUCAAUUCAUCAGACUCUUGUCCUAGUCUAGUAUUAAUUUUAGUGUUUUUUGUGUAGAAGCCAAUACCUUUAAAUCAUGGAACAUCUUUUAUAAAACUGAAACCACAUUAAUCUCUCCCUGCGCCGCAUCUAGUCUGGGUUUCAUGAUUCAUUAGAAAACAUACCUGUCCAGCCGUUUACCCUUGUCAACGUCUCAUUCUCACUUUCCGUUCAAUAUUAUUACUCGCAUGCUCAUCUCUUCACGGUGCAUAUGCGCAUGUGCAUGUAUUUAAUCUUGGCGAAACUUUAUCUUGUCAAAUCCUUUCCGCCAAACACCCUUUCUUUACAUCCAUUACUUGCAAUUUUCAAAAUUUAUUUUGAGGCUGCUAUCUCCGUAUCUUUUGUUUGUUGGCAUCUGAUAGAGAUGCCUGGCAGUCACACUGUGCAUCGACUGCUUACGCAGCUGCAUAAUGCCGUUUAUUAUUAUUAUUUUUAUUUUUUUACUAUUAUUAUUUUCGGCAACGCAGAUUAUGAUGAUGGUGAUCUCCGUACGAGGGAUGCAGUCUGCUUGUAACAGCUUGUUCUGCAUUUUCCCUUCGCCCUCGACCCCAGAUGUUGCACCAUCCUCCCAGGUGUUAUUUUCAAUAAUUUGACCUCUUCACGCUAGCACGCAAGCCAGAAUUCCAUAGCGCUAUAGCAGGCUCUAAAGCCACACCAGCUCUGUGAAACAGGGACAGGGAAAUGCCGUGUGAUAAAAGUUCAGAAAAGAAA